AUGGUGGAGGAUAGGGGCAGCAGCUUAUUGGCAGCUGGUGUGGAAGAAGCUUGGAUACGACCUUCGCGGGCCUGGUAUGGAUCUGAAGACGAAGAGACACUUGUCAAAAGAAAGAUUGAUUAUUCUCGAUAUAAAAGAAGAAAGAAAUUUUUCGUUUGUUCCUCCUCGAAAUUGAAUGAUACUUUAGACAAGAACGCAUAUUUAGCCAUAGAAAUGGUGCUGGUGUUCUUGUAUUGUAUUAAGUCUGUUGUGAUUAAGGAUAAGAUAAUGGCCGUUAUACUAUGCUAUAGUGAUUUAAUAUUAAAAGGAGAUCUUAUUCUAAAAUUAGAGGAAUUAUUGUCCAAAUCAGCAAAUAGGGAAAUGGUCAUAGCGGCAGAUUUGAAAGGCUUUGGAAGUCAUAAGGAUUUGAUAUUCCCAUACUUAAGAACGGGCCUUAAUUAUUCACAACUAUCUUAUAGUAGCAGAAUAAGCAAAAGUUGCAUUGCUACUAACAUUCCAGAGGUAUGUGAUGCUAUAUGGAAAACUUUAAAAGAUAUUCAUAUGCCAAUUCCAACUAGAGAACAUUGGGAGAAGAUUGCCCAAGAAUAUUUUGAAAAACAUGGAUUUCCAAACUGCCUUGGCUCAUUGGAUGGUAAGCACAUAAGAAUAAAAAGUCCUGCAAAAUCUGGAACCCUUUUUUAUAAUUAUAAAGCUUUCAAAUCUAUAGUGUUACUUGGUUUAGCAGAUAGUAAUUGCAAAUUUAUAUAUAUAGAUGUAGGAUCUUAUGGGAAACAAAGUGAUGGUGGCACUUUCAGAAAUAGUAGUUUAUAUCAAACUAACCUUCCCAAUAAAAAAUUAUCUAAUGAAACCUUAUCCUACGAAGAAUACCAGCCCAGAAGAAAAAAAUAUUAUAAUUAUAAAUUAAGUAGUGCUAGAAUGUGCAUUGAAUGCACAUUUGGCAUAGCUACUGCUAAAUUUGCCCUACUUUCUAAAGCUAUAGAGUGUUCAGUUGAAAAUGCUGAUAAAAUUAUAUCUACAAUUACACUUUUACAUAAUAUUAUUAUUGAUUAUGAUAAAAAAGAAUAUACACCUAAUAUUUUACCUAUUACCGAAAAUUUAGGGAUCAGUAGAUCUUUAAAUGCUUCAAGUUCUAAUUCAAGAGAAAUUAGAGAAUUAUUUAAAGACUAUUUUAAUUCUUAA